UCCGAUUUGUUGUUAUAGAAUUUCUUUAUCGAUGAUCAUUUUUUUCUAUAUCGAAUCUAUUUUUUUCCACAAGCUAAAUAUGUGGGGGAAAAUGUUGAGAAAAAUCAUUCAAAAUCGAUAACAUUGUUUGUGGACUUAACGUCUCAAUUAAACUCACUUAUGGUCAUGUUGGCUCUUUACGGUUAAUUCUUUACCGUGGUAAAAUUUUAUUUUAGAGGUUAAUUUCUUGAAAUAGAGUGAAUUUCCUUAUUCAUGAAGAUUGAACUUUUACCAUUAGCUUUUGCAACUACAAAUGUAUCUCCCGCACGUUUUCACAAAAAUAGAAAAAAGGGUUGCUCAAUUGUUACCUUUUGACGACAUUUUUGUGAUCCGAUGGUGGGGUAUGAUCCGGUGAGGGCAGGACCAUUUCCGUCGCUGUCGUCGUCGUCGUCUUCGUCGGAUCAGAAACGAGGUGAUGAAUGAUCUCCAUGGCAUAUUCAAGCGGGUUGAGCUGUUCGGGCACCGGAAACCCGCUGGACACCAAGUAACUCUCCAAAGAAGGAACGUUACCAUAAUGAACCACCCUUCCCUUGUUCAGCAGCACCACACGGUCGAUCAUGGAGAGAAUCUUGAACCCGGGCUGGUGUAUCGACAGCACCACGGUCCUGAGCCUCGAGCUCGCGAUCCCCCUCAGCGUCUGCACGACGCUAAGGGCCGACCUCGAGUCGAGGCUCGAGGUGGGCUCGUCGAGGAUCAGCACUCCUGGGUCGUUCAGGAGUGCCAGUCCGAUGGAGACUCUCCGACGCUCCCCGCCGGAGAGUCCCCUCGCGGCGAGCCUGGUCCCCGCCACGUGGGUGAGGGAGAGUUCCUCGAGGAGGGAGGAGACGGUGGCGGCGAUGGAGGAAGUGGAGGUGGUGGAGGAGAGGAGGCGGGCGGAGAAGGCGAAGGUUUCGGCGACGGUGAGGAGAGGGAGGAAGGCGUCAUGUUGAGGGAGGUAAGCGGAGAGCUUGCGGAAGGAGGAGGAUUUGGUGAUCGGGGUGGAGUUGAGGAGGAGGGAGCCGGCGGUGGGGGAUGUCCGGGCGGCGAGGAUGUCGAGGAGGGUGGACUUUCCGGCGCCGGAUGGGCCGACGACGGCGAGGAUCUCGGCCGGGAAGGCGGUGAAGGUGACUUGGUUGAGUAUGGUGGUGGUGGAUGGUUGGGUGGUGGUGGUGGAAGAAGGUUUGAGGAAGGAGAGGAAUGACGUGGCGGCGGAGGCGGCGGCGGAGGAGGUUUGUUUGGAGUAGGAGAUUGAGGAGGCGGUGAGGGUUGUGUUUAAAGAAAAGGAUAAUGCAAUAUGAGUGAG